GCAGGCUUGGCCUCUUCUGAGUUUUCGAGAAAGGACUAGGAAUUCUACCCUGACCUUAUUGUACCUGAAUGUGUAUUUAUGGGUUGGCCUGGUUUACGUGGGGGUAAAUAUUCCAAUUACAUAAUUAUAAAAACUGCCGGAAGAGGGAAAAUGAUGGGGAGAAAAAUGGGGUGUAUUUGCCUACAAAAUAUCGUUUGCAAAAGCAGGUUGGGUGGACUACCUUUUCAAAAUCCGUUUUUUUUUCUUUCCCACUUGUAGAUAUUAUUUGUUCCAAUUAACUUUUUAUUAUUUUCUCCUCCAGGAUCUGUUUACUAAUAUUUUUUGUGGAAGUCUUAAGGUGAUGCUUAGUGAACAGCAGCUACAAGAGAAGGUGCUUCAGUAUGAAGAAUUUAUCAGUGAUGUUUUGCAGAGAGACCUUAAGAAAGUAUUGGAGCAGCGAGAUGAAAUUUAUGAAAAGAUUGCUCAGUAUUUGCAACUCAAGAACGUUAUUGAACGUUUACAGGAAACAGGAAGCCAGGAGCUGAAAACUCAAGUGGAUCUAGGCUGCCAUUUUUAUGUCAAUGCAGAAGUGCCUGAUACAUCAACCAUAUUUGUAGCUCUGGGUUAUGGAUUCUUUGUGGAGCUGACUCUACCAGAGGCUCUAACUUUCAUUGAGAAGAAGACAAAGUUGCUUAAUGAGCUCAGUGAAACUCUUACUAAAGAUUCUGCCAGAAUAAAAGCCAAUAUGGGGUGGGUUGGAGGGAUUACGUGAACUGCAAGGUUUCAAAGAUCUGCCUGAGGAGAACAGAAGCGAUGUUUUCCUCUAGGAAUCCAUCUUCUAUGAUUCACAAGGAGUAAUUUUGGUUUUCUAGAAGAAAAUUUGAUUGUGGAUUUUUUGCUGCAGUCGGGGCUGCAUGCGUGAGGAGAAACUCUGGUGAAUGAGAGACAGUGACAUGAGGUAGUGAUGGGGAAGAGCAGCUCCACUUUUAGUGAGGGAGUCUCUUUGAACUUGCUCCCAUGUCUGAUUCCAAUUUUAGUGUUUCAUUUUGAAAAUAAUUGUAUUAAUAAAAAAGAUACUGUAUUUGUACUGGACUCGUCUCUUAUUUUCCUUCCAUUCAGUAUCUGUUCCAUUCAGUUGUGCUCUAAUUUUUUAAGAAUAACCUCUGCUUUUACUUAUGCAAAGUUGAUAUCCUUCCUUUUUCUCCUUGUUUAUUUUAUGUUUAUAAGCU